UCCAGCGAGAGCAGCAGCACUCCCAUGGCAACCGCGCCACCAGUGGAAGCCUACACCACUCCACCUCCUGGUGACGCUGAAGUCUCUCGCAUGAGCACUCCAGCCACUGAAGACAGCAGGGCGACGGCGGCCGGCACCUCCAGCGAGCAAAGCUGUACUCCCGUGGCAGCUGCACCACCAGCCUGCCCCACUCCACCACCUGCUGACGCUGAAGUCUCUCGCAUGAGCACUCCAGCCACUGAAGACAGCAGGGCGACGGCGGCCGGCACCUCCAGCGAGCAAAGCUGUACUCCCGUGGCAGCUGCACCACCAGCCUGCCCCACUCCACCACCUGCUGACGCUGAAGUCUCUCGCAUGAGGAGACUUUCGGGAAGAGAGAAGGGCAGGAGGCUGCUGGAAGCAGCUCAGCAGUCACGAAUGUCAGAAAUGCGAGCCGUGCUGGCUGCAGGUGCGGACGUGGGGGCGACGGACAGCGACGGUUGGACCGCCCUGCACUGGGUGGCAAGAAACGGACAGGUGGAGAUGGCCAAGUGUCUACUGGCUGCAGGGGCAGACGUCGAGGCCAGGGGGCAGUGGAAAUGGACCGCCCUGUUCUGGGCAGCACGACAGGGGCAGGUGGAGGUGGCGAAGGCUUUGCUUUCCGCAGGGGCUGACCUGGAGGCGAGGGACAUCUGGCAGAACACGCCCCUGUUCCUGGCUGCAAUGACUGGACACACGGCUGCCGUGCGCUUUCUGGUGGCGUCCUGUGCCGACCCCAACGCCACGGAUGCGAAUGCGACGACUCCGCUGCACUGGGCAGCGUACAAUGGGCACGCAGAUGCAGCAGCUGCACUGUUGGAGGCAGGCGCCGACAAGGGGGCCAGGAACAGCUCUGGGCGCACCCCUCAGGAUAAUGCCAGGAAAUGGAACGACCGGCAGCUGAUAAACAUGCUUAGUUGAAGCUGGCACUCCAGAAAAAUGACUGUUGUGUAUAAACAGCUGCGUUUUUUAAAAAUAAAUUAUACAAAAAUAU